AUGUUCCCUCUCUCAGAUCGACCGGAUCGCGGGCGACUUUGGAUCAAAUCCAAGCUUGGAUUGACACUCCUCGACCUUGGUGUUGACCCUUCAGAGUCUGCUCCCAUCCGACUGAUCGAAUCAGCCGGCAAAAACGGCCGCUACGUAACCCUCUCCUACUGCUGGGGCAAAGCCAAGUUCCUAAAGACCACAAAGGACAACUACACCCGCCAUAAGCAAGGCAUCCUUUUCGCUGACCUUCCUCGGACCUUCCAACACACGAUCAGGGUCUGCCGGGCUCUCGGUGUCCGGUACCUCUGGAUAGACGCGUUAUGCAUCAUCCAAGAUGACAGCCAAGAUUGGGCCGCGGAGUCCGUCCGGAUGGCCGAUGUAUAUCAGAAGUCUUUCUUUACGUUGUCAGCCACAUGGGGAGACUCGCCGGAUUGCGGGCUGUUCCAGGACUUCGACACAGCCUCAGAGUCACGGAUCGGUCCAGUCGCUCUUCGCCAAGUCGUCCAUCCAACCUUGACACACAUCACUCACCAUGAAAAUGAGUUUCCCGUGCUCACACGGGGAUGGUGUUACCAGGAACAUUUGCUCUCGCGACGGAUAUUGUACUUUACCAUGUGGGAGGUAAUGUUACAGUGUCUGGAGUCGACCAUCUGCGAAUGCGGGUCGUCUAUACACAAGAGUCGUGGGACGGAACAAGAGAAGUAUAAACAGUUUUUCUGCUGUCCGGAAGAUCAACACCCUGCGUCUCCUUCAGCAACAUCGCCCGAUGUCGCAUCCAACUUCUGGCACGUCACCGUCUCGGACUACACCCUCCUCCGCCUGACCUACUCAUCCGACAAGCUCCCCGCGAUAUCCGGCAUAGCUACCGUCAUCCAACGCAAAACCAACUGGCACUAUCUAGCCGGUCUUUGGCGCGAAACACUCCUCACCGACCUCUGCUGGUACGUCUGGCCGCCGCCGCCAGCACCCCCCAACGCCACUUCCUCUCCUUGUGGCGGCAAACCACAGAAGCAGCGACGAAAGUCCCCAACCUGGUCCUGGAUCACCAUCCCCCAUUCCAACUGCAUCCACUACCAGGCCGCGCUCCUCUCUUUCUACCAGAAGAUGCCCAUUCAUCUCACCCUGCACGCAAGCAUCCUCGACGCAGGGUGUACACCCCCCUCAUCGAUGAGCGAAGUCCACUCCGGCUUUAUUGUCCUCGAGUGCUACAUGCAACAAAUCCCUUUAACAAUGAUGCAGGCGCUAGUAAUGGAUUUGACACAAGGAUUGGCGCUGGACGAAGGGUUGGAUACCCCGCUAGAGGAGGGGCCGUUUUAUUUAAUUCCUAUGGUAGCGUAUGUGUCGGGGGAUGAGUGGUUCAAGUAUACGGGGUAUACGGCGUUGGUGGUGACGCCGGCUGAGGAGGGGAAAGACGAGAUGGUAAGGGUUGGGUUGUUGAUUUGUCAUGUUAAUCCGGCGACCGGGGGAAAGCCGGGGACGUAUAAGAUUUGGGAGAGGGCUGUUAACGGGAAGAAGGUUAGGAUUAGGCUCAUUUGA